UUUUUCCUCUCUCUUUGUUCAAACCAAGUCCAAAGAAAAUGUACAGAAAAACUUUUGAAGGGUCAUUCAAGAUUAUCAUAUGAAAUUUUAAGUUUCUGACAAAUGAGGAGAGAGUUUACAAUGUUGGAGAGUUUUGAACAAGGAGAAAAAGAGAUUGAGCUCAGUUUGGAGCUAUCGAUCGGUGGGAAUUACAGAAAAUCAGAAAAAUCAAGGCGCCCAGAUGAUCAAAAGAUGAAGGGUCCUGAUUUUCUUUCAAGAUCUGAUUUGGUCAUGGAAAAUGGUUUGGAGUUUGUUGAUCUGAACAAGAAACGAGAGAUUCAGGCUUUAAGAAGACGAGAAGCCCGCAAGAAAAGAGAAGAAAAAUUAAAAAAGUGUAUGGCAUCCAGAGGGAUAAACGUGGGGGAUUGUGUAAAGGAUAAAUUGUGGUUAGAGGCACAGAAAUUUCAAAGCAGAGUUGGAGAUAGAGAAAUUCGAGAGAAUGAAAAUUUCUCAGCAGAGGCGGUUCGGAAGAAGGAGAAAAAUGGUAUGAAUUCAAUGAAUGAGACUGCAAAAGACUUGGAUUUGUCUUCAAACAAUGGUGUAAUAGAAAACAAGAUUCUGGGUUCAAACAAUUCGGGUCACCAGUGUUUUUACCCACAGAAGUAUCAUGGGUACCCGGGUUGGGGUAUGAAUGCUGAAAAAAGCGAAGCGGAUAGAAGCAAUGUGGUUCGCCCGGGGAUUUAUUCGAAUAUGAAUUCAUCGAUGGAUUGCGAUUCGGUUCACAGUGAUCAGAAGGCAGUGUCCGAUGGUUCAUUGGAAAGGAGUUCUGCCGUCUCCGAUUACCAGAGCAUGGUCCAGAAAGGAGGGAGCAUCAGCAAUAGCGACACUGGAAGCAACUCGAGUAGCUCACAUAAGUUGGAACAAAUGAAAAGCAAUGUUUCUUCGGCCAAAAUAGAACCCAAGGACGGAUCUGUUGGCGCAGCUUCAUCGAGUAUUCCACAGUCGAGCCCAAUCCAGUUAACUGAAAAAUCCAAAUCAGACACUAAUUCCGAUCAAACAACCACCAUUUGUUCAAGUCAACCUGCCUCUUCUCUCUCGAAAGAAUCAAAUGGAAUCAUCGGCAAGCCUCCUAAACCUCAAAAUCAAGACCAGAAAGCGGCGUCUCUUGCACAUAUGCCCUGUGUUUCGACUACUGGUAAUGGCCCAAAUGGGAAAACCAUAACCGGAUUCUUAUACAAGUAUUCGAGAUCAGAAGUCAGCAUCAUUUGUGUUUGCCAUGGGAGCUCAUUUUCACCAGCUGAGUUCGUGGAGCAUGCCGGCGGGAUUGAUAUAUCACAUCCUCUGAAGCACAUUACCGUUGUUCCUUCAGCUUUUGGAUGACAAGUUAAAGCUUCGAAUUCUUCGAUUAAGUACUUUUUUUGGUUUCUUUUGCUUCUCGCUGAAAUUGUAGAGGUGUCCAAUUUAAAUGUUGAAAAAUAUGAUGAGUUUUGGACCAGUUUGAAAUCGAAUUACAAUGUUACAAUGCUACAUACCAAGUAUUUA